AUGUGGAAAGAGAUGAAGAAACGUUGGCUAAUGUUUGGCGUGCUGGUGGUGAUGAUGUUGGCGGUGCUGGCGCCACGUAUCAUUCUAGAACGCAUUGCACCCCAUUCGGCCACCAAACUGUUUGCCCCGAUUGGCACCACUUCAAGUAAUCAUAUAUCACCACAGCAGAGUGGCCCUCUGCGCACGGAGUACGUGUGGUACGUCCUGCUGUGGUACGUGUACUACGUGGCGGGGGGCCUGGCGCGGGGCGAGUGGGCGGCGCGGGGGGAGCGGGGGGCGCGGGGCCCCCGGCCGCGGUUGCUGGUGGCGUGCGCUGCGCACGCGCACGUGGUGGCGCCCGCGCUCUGUGUGGCCGCAGUCGCCGCCUUCAGAGACGGAGUGGACCAUAGGAUGGUCAAAGGCGCGCUGGUGUCGUCCGUGGGGGGUCCGUGCGCGUGGCUGUCGUUGUCGCUGUCGCGGCAGCACGCGGCCGCUCUUACCGCCGCCAACUACGCCGCUUCGCUGCUAGCGGAGCCACUCGCCAUGUUCUUCAUUUGCGGGCGGGCGAGCGUGCCCCCCGUGGGGGCGCUGGUGCGGUCGCUGGCGACGUCCGCGGCGCCGUUCGUGGUGGGGGCGCUCCGCCCCCGGGCGCUCCGCCCCCGCCCCCGGCCGGGCCGCGCGCGCCCCGAGCUGGCCGCGCUGGGGCUGCUCUACGUGGACUGCUGCCGCCGGCUGCACCACGCGGAGGGGGGGCUGCACCUAACACACGUACUCGCCACGCUCAUGCUGGAGGUGAGCUACGUGGGCGCGAGCGCGGCGUGGUGCUCGCUGUACGCGCGGGGGGGCGUCCUGGCGGCGCACGAGGUCGCCCCGCUGGCAGCCUGCGCCGUGCCCAAGGCUCUCGCGCACGGGUGGGAGUGGUGGGGCGCGUGUGGGGGCGUGUCCCCGCUGCCGGCCGUGUUCCUGGCUCCCGCGCAGGCGCUCGUGCUCGCAGCCUUCACAGACGACGACCACGACAGUAGCGACGACGAAUCUCUCGACGGCGAACAUUAGGGCGGUAAACACACAACGAGACUCCCGCUAAUGAUUGUAAUG